AUGGCUGCUACUCAAGGUUACCCUCUUUUGCUCCUGGAGAACCCUCUUCUCGAUAUUCAGGCUCGUGGUGAUGCUGCUCUGCUAGAGAAGUACGGGCUGAAGGACAAUGAUGCCAUUCUUGCCGAGGAGAAGCACAUGGGUCUCUAUGAGGAGCUCAUGGGCCGUGACGCGAAGCUGAUUCCCGGUGGUGCUGCCCAGAACUCUGCCCGUGGUGCUCAGUACAUGCUUCCCGACAACUCCGUUGUCUACAUUGGUUGCGUUGGCAAGGACAAGUACGCCGAUAUCCUCAAAUCUACCUGUGAGCAGGCCGGUGUCAAGACAGAGUACCUUGUUGAUGAGACCGAGCCCACUGGCAAGUGUGGCGUUGUCAUUACUGGACACAACCGUAGUCUCUGCACCCACCUGGCUGCCGCCAACAACUACAAGCUUGAACACCUGAAGCAGCCCCACAUCUGGGACCUUGUUGAGAAGGCCAAGUUUUUCUUCGUCGGUGGAUUCCACUUGACUGUCUGCGUUCCUGCUAUUAACGCCCUGGGCGAGGAGGCCGCUGCCAAGAACAAGCCUUUCGUGCUCUCCCUCUCUGCUCCUUUCAUCCCUCAGUUCUUCAAGGAGCAGCUGGACAGUAUUCUCCCCUCACUGACUACGUCAUUGAGCCAUGAGUGGGGCACCGAGGACAUCGUUGAGAUCGCCAAGAAGCUCGCUCUUCUCCCUAAGAAGAACACCCAGCGUUCUCGUGUUGCCAUCAUCACCCAGGGUACUGAGCCCACCAUCGUUGCCAUUGCCGACAAGGACAGCGGCGUUGUGGUGAAGCAAUUCCCUGUCCGUGAGAUCUCCAAGGAUGCCAUCACCGACACCAAUGGUGCUGGUGAUGCCUUCGCCGGUGGUUUCCUUGCCGGUCUCGUCUCUGGCGACUCCCUGGAGGACUCCAUUGACAAGGGCCAGUGGCUCGCCAGCAGGAGCAUCCAGGAGCUUGGACCUUCUUACCCCUACCCAAGCAGACCUACUCUCGCUCCUGAAUGA